CGACAUGAUUCUCGAAAGCGGAAAGCACCCAUUUUGUUUUAAUUGUUUGUGAGGAAGAGUUUGCUGGGGGAGUAAAUUUUAAAUUGUGAUCAAAAGCUGUCGAAUUAAGUUACUUUUAUUUUAAGGAAAAAUAAUAAAAGAAAGGUAAAAAUGGUUGACCGAAUUGAUAUGGCAUUGGACGAUAUCAUUAAAGCAAGCAAAAAAGGAGGUAGAGGUGGAGGUGGAGCUGGAAGAAAAUUUGAUGCUAAUAGAAGACCGGGCAGAGGCGGUGGAGGUGGAUUCCGCAAUGGUCGGUCAGGCGGCGUUUUACGUGGUAGAAAUCGUGGUGGAAUAUCCAAGCCAGCGAAUUACACAAGGGGUGAUGUAAACAGCACUUGGAAACAUGACAUGUUCAAUGAUUUUGGAGAAAGGAAGAUUCAACGCAGUGGGCCUAUUUCAACAGGCCCUACUAAACUAUUAGUCUCCAAUCUGGACUUUGGAGUUUCAGAUUCUGACAUUCAAGAGUUAUUUUCUGAAUUUGGCAUUCUUAAGAGUGCAGCUGUUCAUUAUGACAGAUCUGGAAGAUCCUUAGGUACAGCUGAUGUUGUUUUUGAUAGACGGGCAGAUGCAUUAAAAGCAAUGAAGCAGUAUAAUGGAGUUCCACUAGAUGGUCGUGCAAUGAAUAUACAACUAGCGACUUCAGAAAUUAGUUCUCUACGAACUGAAGACAGAGGACGCCUAGGAGGAGGAGGAGGCACUGGUGGUCCAGUACGUCGAAAUUUCAAUAGAGGUCCAACAAACAGAAACCAAAACAGUGGAGGUGGUGGUCGCGGCGCUGGCGGGGCGCGACGAGGGCGUGGAGCCGGCGGCGCAGGCCGGGGACGGAAGCCCGUGCCCACUGCUGAGCAGCUUGAUGCAGAGCUAGAUGCAUAUGUCAAAGAAAUUAAGUGAAGAUAAAAUUAGUGCAGUGAAAGGACACAAUACACAAUGGUGUAUACUAAAACACUAGUUUGUAAAAUGAAUUUAAAAUAAAGUAACCAUAAUUUUAGUUUGUAAUAUUUUUGACAUCAGUGGAAAGUAAGAAUAACAAUUGUUUGUUACAGUAUUCAAUUUUGAAUAAAUAGUAAUUUGGUACAUGUA